UUUAAUAUGAAUAAAGGAUAUAUGACAACACUCAAGAGUGAUCACGCCUGCAAGGCCGAGCCAUGCCAUCUGACUAAUUCAAAUUAAUUGGACUCAUUCUUCCCGCCUUCACCACCGUUGGAUUUUUCUCCACGUUAAAUGCUGAAUAUCUAUUUCCCCAGCUUUGAGGAUUAUGUGGUUAGGGCCCGAUACUACUACAGACCUCAAGCACUCCAAAUACAGGAUCCCCGUCGUUAGUCAAGCCCUUCAAGGUUGUGGAGGUUAAUUCGCUAUCAGGUUUGGAGGCCGGUUACCGUUCUUGCUAGUUGAUGGCGGAUGAGGCGUUUGUCAUAACAGAUCAGGAAAGACUUGAUCGCCUGAAUAAUGAAGCCAGAGAGAAAAGGAACAGAGAUAUACCCUUUACACCAGACAUUUCUCAGCCAUUUCAUAACUUUGUGGGAAAAAUUUUGGGAACUGAGAAACCUUACGAGACUGGACAUGGGUUCCCUCUAACUUACGCAUCUGGAGGGAACUUUCUCCACCGCCCUUUCCUAGAUUUCCCCGCCUUACAGAUGGGCACAUCAUGGUUUACGAUGCAGAAUGUUUUUAGUUCAAGAUUUUGCCAAAUCAUGGAGCGUGACUUCUUCCGCUGUGUUGCAAGAGUUGGCCUUCAAAAUACAGACAAGCAUUGCAAAAUAUACUGGGAAGAUUUGCUUGAAUGUCAGAACCAUGAUAAAGCUAAAAAAAGAGCUGUUAUGAUGAAAAAAGUUCGAGAGGUAAAGAAAAUGGAGCCAAUGGCCACUCUGCCGUACAGCGCAUUUAAAGACCCUGACUUCUGAUGACAAUUGACUUUCCAUGUUCAUUUCCAGUGAUAUUUAUGAAUGACAGUUUGUUUUAUUAGUGUAGGUCUACGUCCUCAAUUUGUGACUAGUAAAAUCUUGUCUGCUUCCCGUACUGUUCAACAAUAAAUGAAUUUAGCUCUCAAAGUAGUCUGAUAGAUACAUAUGUACACAGGGUUUUCUCAUUCAACUUACAAAAGACAAUUCAUCGUAAAGCUUCUAAGAUGUUGCAUAGAACAAGAAAUUCUCAGCCCAUUGUCGUAGUCUGCUUUUCAGCCAUAUCGACAAUAUAAUCUUGGCUACAGUUCGAUUAUCCAAAGUUCUGAAAUGGAAAUGUCGAAAACCUAAUGGGCUAACUGGCUGUCCGACCGAGUUUCCAGUGUAGUCUUAUCGGCCUUCAAAAAGAAUGGGGGACCCUUAUCUUUGAGCAUUAAGAUUUUACCAUGAAAAUUGAACUCACUAGAAAUUCUUUCGCUAUUCACAACAUGACCUAAAAACAGUGUUUUUUUAUUUUUGUAUCUUAACGGACAUCGUUAAUUGACGAAGUUAGAGUCGUACCCCUGAUACGUUGUUUUGUGACACCGUGAUUCAUGUAGCAUAUAACAUUAGACUAUGAAAACAUCGGUUGCCAAACAACCGUGUUAGUAAAUUCAGACUAUCUUAUUUAAGUUCUCAAAACAACUGCCAUCACUUGUCAAAGAUAAUGUGUAACAUGGCUUAGAAUUACUGCUUAUACGCUUACUACCUUUACCACUACGGGAUUUGAAUCGACAAUUGUAUCUGUGUGCUAAUGCAGUAUGGCAACUCGAACUGAUGUACGUACGUACGAAGUUCUGCGUUGUUACUGACUGACUGAGAAUAAAUUUUGAUUGCGUAGAUGUAUUUACUCCUCGCGUUCAUGUCUUCUCGUACUUUUUGUCUAUCAGCAUCAUCCCUUUUAAAACUAUAUUCUUUAGUAUUUAGCUCUCCUCAUUAUCAGUGAUAAUACCAUUAUUUGGGGUUUUUCACUAUUUCGUGAUUUUCACUUUGCCGUGCUGAUUUGGUCAUGAGACGUGGACCCACUGGGAUUUGUACCAAGCUCUGUGUCCGUCAUAACUGACUAACUUCGAUGCAUUCAUGAAGAAGGACGAAACAUUCUUUAUGCUCUGUUCAUCAUUCUAGUUUGAACUAUAAGUAGGCAUAAGUAAAGCAUUUAAUAGUCUUAUUUAUAUAGAUUGUUUUUGCAGGUAAAAAUAUUGGUCUUCGUAUUUUUUUUUUCAUCGCAUAACCAAAUACCUUGUUUUUAGUUACUAAUUUGACUAUUUGCAGAUCUCCCAGGUCGAGUUAAGCAGCUCCCUUGUACCUCGUUAAAAUAAGCUUGGAUCCAAUUACAUAGGCUGCAAAGCCUCAAAAUUACUUCUAAUCAUUAAACAUGCCAGACAAUCCCACAUUUAUGUUUAAAUUGGUUGUCGAUAUUUCGGUAUGAUUAUAGUCAUGAUUAUAAGGCGUAGAUUGCAUGGGCAUAGUACUGCCUAAGCUGUUUAAGUUCUCCCCUUCUGUUGCAUCGGUGCUUUACUUCCUAACUUGUGUUCGUGUUUAAUUACUGUAGUAUCAGUUUAUGGUACACCCCGAACCAUCAGUUGGUUCUUAUUAUGACGUUUCUACUUGUAAAACAAAACAAAAUGCAUUUUUUAUUUACAUUAAAGUUUCUGCAGAUAAAUCUAAGAAAUCUCAUGUUUUAUUUAUAGGAAAUUGACAACUAUUUAGAAAAUAAAAUAUCCGGAUUAUACACUAACCAUUAUUUCGACUUAUGUUUAGUAAAGGUGGUUAUUGAGGAUUUGUUUGGUUUUUGAGUGGUAUUCGUCACAGAUUGACUUAGGUUGUGCUACCAUUAAAGACCAUAAAGAACUGAUUAACUGUUUUGUUCUGGUUUCAUCCUUAAAAGUAGAGACUCAUAACCCACUCAGGCAUCAAAUUUAGGACCUACAAGUCUCUUUGAGAGGCUUUGAACACUAAUUCACUUAACUGGCAUCCAGUGGCAGAUGUUUUUUUCGGCUUCAUGAUAUGACUCGACGAUAUCUAGUCAGUCAGCUACAACGUAUGACCAGGCACAUGUAUGCAUCGGUCCAGGUUGCCAUA